CCGAUGUUAAACGAACGCCAGCGUAACAUAUAUAUCGGUGUGUGUUAAGUGUUCAGUUGGUGCGCCUCGGCUGGGCAAAAAUCGCGUAAAAUGGAAACAGAAUUUCGUAGCGAGGUUGAGGUUGCCCGUUGAAAUCAGUGAACAUGGGAAGGUCCAAGUUUCCCGGGAAGCCGCCAAAGACGGUCACCAGGAAACGUAUCAAAGUUCUCGGCCAACCCGAGACAGCCCAAAGCGAUUCGGUAACCGUCGCCGAGAACAUCUAUUACGGACUUUCCCUGUUCAACGAAACAUUUGGUGACAACGAGAAGGAACACCCACCGUUCCAUGGUUUUAGCACUAAAGAGGCUAAUCUGUCCGUGUCUUAUAUCAAAACACAGCAACAUGACACAAAAACCCCAUCCGUCAAACCUACCAAUGAAAGUGUCACUGAAACUAAGAAUUCUUCUGAGAAUAAUGAUAAGGAGGAUAUCAAGCAAGCUGCAAAGUUCCAUAGACCCAAGAACCGCAAGAAUAUCAAGUUCUCAAAUUUCAUGAAAACACCAGUAUUAAAGUCAGUGAACAAUAUUUUGGACCAGCACCAACGAACAAGACAACUACGUAAUAGUACUGCAAAGAGAUUACUGCAGAGGGCGAAGUCUAACAGCAUGACUGCUCAGUGUGGAGACAAACAGAAUGCUGUGAGGAAGUUUAUUCUGCCAGUGCGAAGUGCCCAUUCAUCAAGAGUGAUUAAACCAAAUAAGAGAUUCAUAGAAGAGUUGGAGGAGAUUUCUGAGCACAGUGAGAAUGAAGUCAGCACUCAAGUGAAGAAGGCCAAGUUUGCAAUGAAUAAACUUUGCGAUCGAGAGGAGAAUAUUAGUAAAUUGUGUACAAAACUAAGGAACAAAGCACAAGACGCACAAGGUGUAAAGAGUAAGAGCAAAAUUGCAAAGAAUCAGAAGCCAUUCUCUGUUCCUACAAAAGUUCUUCCUGAUUCCGAUGUUCCAAGUUCAGAGUCUUCCAGGAUUCAGACAAGGUCAGGAAUGCACAGUGAAGCCGUUGAUUUGAAUGUUGAAGGCAGUUCUGAUAAAACUGCAGAGGGAAAUUCAGACAAUUUUGACACGGAAAGCACAUUGUCAGAAAGUGAAAGCGAGCACAGUAAUCACACAGAAGAUGAGCAAUCAGAAUGGACUGGAAUGAAACUAAGUGGUGGGAAAGUAAUUUUAAGGAAAGCAAGAUUAAAAUUAGAUAAUAAAUGUGUUGGAGGAACAGAAGGGCCAUUUUCAACAACAAAUAACAAUAGUGUUACAACUGGAAACACUAAUUUAGGAUUGACAGGUACUAUCAAAUGUGGAGUCUGUGGAGCAGUGCGAUUUUACAGAUUUGUAAAACAGGCCAGAAAAUUUGGCAUCCACAGUUGUGAAUCUUGUAGAAAAUUCAUCAGUAAAAUGAUCAAGCGACAGGCUUGUGCAAAAUCUACGAAUAGUACUCUCCCGAUCCUGCAAUGCCAUAAGGGCGACGGUUUAUGUUUGGUGCCGCCUGUUGUGAGGAGUCAGCAGUGGAAUCUCAUGCGAUGCGUUUACAAAGCCAGGUGUCCGGCUUGUUGGUUGAAGAUGUGUCUGAAAUGUUACAACAUUCCUUCUUCGUUAAGAACAGGCUUGAAUGCACUAUUGCCGCCAAUGAUGAGAGAUCCUUUAAGCGUUCCAUUGUCAUUGAAUCAAGAAGAUGAUAGUCAAGGUCAGAAAUUGAUAUCUUGUAAAUUGGGCUGGCCUGCAGAGGAUAGUUCAGAGAAGAACUUGUUUAAAUCGGCUAUGAGCUGGAGAAACAUGGAAAUGGGUCAGAAAACUAGUUACCAAGGCAGUGGAGGUUUUCUGUAUACAAAAUUAGAUAAAUUUGAUUCAACGCUGAAUAUAUCGCCCAGUAAAAAGAGAAGAAAAAAUAACAGGAUAAAAGUGCGAAAGAAAUUAAAGAAUCCAAUGUUUUCGCCGCCGUCUUUGAAUCAGUGUCCGCAGCCCCUGAGACAGAGACUCGAAUUAAAAGGACCAAGGGUUAAACACGUUUGUCGAAGCGCAAGUGUUGCUCUUGGUCAACCAAUUGCUACUUUUCCCUCCGUGGAUGGAAAAGAAGACACUGAAAGCAAUAAGCACAUUCCGAAAACACUGAAGGAAAAUGAUAGGCUGGAAAAAAAGAGUGAUAUUAAAGAAAAAGAGCAACAAAAACAUAACGAUGAAGAUACUACAAAUGUAAUACAACAGCCUCAUCCGAAAAGAGGGAAACAGCAACAAAAUCUACAAAUGGUACCUAAAACAAAUAACGAGACGUUACACGCAGUAUCUAUAGACUUCUGGGAACAGUACGAUCCCGCAGAAGUUGGUGCAAAAGGUUUUGCUUUGAUUGGUUCAGAACUCUUCCAUAUUUCUGCUAUUUGCUAUCUCUGUGGAAGCGCUGGAAAAGAACCACUGAUCCAUUGUCAAUGCUGUUGUGAGCCAUAUCAUGCGUUUUGUCUGGAACCCAGUGAAUGGAAUGCUUGUGCCCAACCAAAUUGGUGCUGUCCCCGAUGUACAAUAUGCCAAUCCUGCCAUCAAAGAUCUGGUCCAAAACUGUCAUGCAUUCGUUGUCGUCAAUCGUUUCAUCACUCGUGUUUGUCGAAGUCCGGUGUCAGCGCGCGACUAUACAGUCCUGAGAGACCUUAUGUGUGUCAAAGUUGUGUGAAAUGUAAGAGCUGUGGUAGCGAAGGGGUCAAUGUUCAUGUGGGCAACUUACCAUUAUGCUCCAUGUGUUUUAAAUUGCGUCAACAAGGAAAUUAUUGUCCCCUUUGUCAAAGAUGUUACAACGAGAAUGAUUUUGAUACAAAAAUGAUGGAGUGCAGCGAGUGUUCUUAUUGGGUUCAUGCUCGCUGUGAGGGACUUUCCGAUGAGCGUUAUCAGAUCCUCAGUUAUCUUCCUGAUUCAAUCGAAUUCACCUGCAGUCAGUGUUCAUCGAACCCCAAUUCCAUUUGGAGGAACGCUAUAGAAGCUGAACUGAAGGCUGGUUUCAUAGGCGUUAUAAAAUCCUUGAGUAAAAAUAGAAAAGCUUGCGCCGCACUGAAGUGGAGUCCACAGAAGGAAUGUUCGUGUAGAUCUACAAAAAAGUUAGAUUUCUCAGAUGACAAGGUUGAAUCAAAUACUAAAGAAGUUAACACAGAUGAGUCUGAAGAAUGUUCUAAAUCCGAUACAAAUAAAACAGAUGAGGAUCAACCAAGCGAUUCUAAUAGAAGAGGACUAAGGCGCCUUCGACAAAAGUUUCAUUUGAAAGAAUGUUCUGUUAGAGUAAAAAAUUGUGCACUAAAAGAUUCUCAAGAAAGCGAUAAAAAGGAUUCACCGAUCCAAGAAAAUUCUAAUGACACGGAGUGUCAUUGUUCGGAUCAACAAAUCAUUGUCAGACCCUCCCCCACCUUAAUGUCUGUAAAACAGAAAGUGAAUAAUAAUGAAUACAAAACAUUAUCACAAUUCCAUUACGACAUGGAGCGCGUAAUUAACCGAAUAGGAACAAAGGAACUCAUCGACGCUUACCAUGAAACUUUACGCGAGGUAUUUCCAUGGUUCAGCCCGAAAAGUACUAAAAAUACUGAAAAGAGUGAUACGUUACCAGCGAAAGAUAUUAAGGAUGAUAAUUUUGUUGGAAAGCUUGACGAUUCAAUUCUAGAAAUAUGGAAAGAAGAAGUGAUGAGAGCGCCAAAGGCAAUCGCGGCCAAAACGGCAAACUUGUAUAAUGUUCACAUCGAAGAUAGUAGAUCAUGUUGUUUGUGCAAAGGAUUGGGCGAUGGUUCGGAAACAAAAGAAGGUCGUUUAUUAUACUGCGGACAAAAUGAGUGGGUUCAUUCAAAUUGUGCGCUUUGGUCCAACGAAGUGUUUGAAGAGAUAGAUGGUUCUUUGCAGAACGUUCACAGCGCUAUUUCCAGAGGGAGGCUGAUUCGCUGUUCAGAGUGUGGGAAAAAAGGGGCAAGCGUUGGUUGCUGUGCAAAAAAUUGUAACAGUACUUUUCACUAUCCCUGUGCAAGGAGUAUAGGACUCGCCUUCAAUGAUGACAAAACAGUAUUCUGUUCUUUGCAUUUAAAUAACUGCACGCAUAAGACGCUGCAGAAUGAGAGUGAAUUUAGUCUUCGGAGACCAGUAUACGUUGAGUUAGAUCGCAAAAAAAAGAAGUAUGCGGAACCAAAUAAGGUGAAAGUAAUGAUAGGUUCAUUAAUGAUCGAUUGUUUGGGUACAGUUAUUCCUGAAUACUCUGACACGGUGGAGAAAAUUAUACCUUGUGAUUACAAAUGCUCCCGACUGUACUGGUCCACAGUGAAUCCGUUUAAAAUUGUACGGUAUUACAUUAGAACAUACGUACAAGUGUAUGUACCGGAAGUAUCUCCAGAUUUAGAGAAUAACGUAACAAUUGAUCAUUCGAAGGAGCAAGAAAAGGAGAAUACAGUAAAUGUACAGAAUAAUGAAUUUUUGGCUGCGAAACAGACAUUAGAUGCUUUAGUUGAUGCAGUCUGCAAUAAAGAAGUAGAUGAAAACCUAGCAGAGCAGAAUAACACUGAUCUUUUACCUCCAGAAUUAAAAGAAGCCAUAUUUGAAGAUCUUCCACAUGAUUUGUUGGAUGGAAUUUCCAUGCAGGAUAUAUUUCCAAAGAUAACAUAUGAAGAUUUCUUGGCAAUGGAUUUGAAGAAUGAUGGACCCUUUGCAACUGAUCUGUUUAAAGAUGAUAUGUUAUCGUCUGAGGUUGAUGAGAUUAUAAAACCAUCAGAGAACAAAAUCUCAAAGAUAGAUCCUUCUUUGUUAGAAUUAGGACCUCAUAAUGAUCUCUGGGUUCAUCUUGAGACGAAAACAUCGGUACAAGAUCUAAUGGACGAUUUAUUUAGCUCCAAAAAACGAGGGGGCAGGGAAUUGAAGAGAUCCAAAUCAGAAGUUAUGUCAAACAGUCCAUUAAUUGUCGGAGGACAGAGGCACCAUCAAAGAUCGUGUAGUUUAACUUGGAGCUGCAAAUUGGAUAGCACUUACGGUCCCAGCAUAAAACGAAGGAAGCUAUCUAGAAAUUCAAGCAUGACAAAGUCGAGUGAAUCCAACGUAUUAGAUUCUCAAACUGAGCGUCCACCUACUUUACAUGAAUUAAGAAUUCCGGACAGUAUAAUGGUCACUGUGGGCAGAGCUAACACCCCUAAUAUUCUAUCUGACUCUGUGCGAGAGUUAAAAUAUUGCAUCGAGGAUGCGAAUGGCAUUAAUCGCAGGGUCAUAUCGACCAGCCGUGAGGAGGGAAAAGAGCACAAGAGACUCUUUUGGCAUGCAAGGCAGCAGCCAAGAAUCCUACAGGUGGAUGGCCCUGCGGAUCCAAGCAGUGCCAGUGAGUGCAGUUCUCCAGAGUACAAUACAGAAGAGAAAAACACUCUAACAGAGCACUUAUCAAUCCCCCAAUUAGAUGGAAUUAACGAUGAAUCCUCCUGUGACAGUGAAAAAGAUUUUAAUCCUUGUACAAAAACUACAAAUGUCGUGCGCCCAAAAAGAAUAUACGGAUUCCUCAAAUCGCACAAUAAUUUGAAAUUGAAUUUAGAGAUCCCACAAUUGGAUGGUGCAGAUGACAUUUCCAGCGACGAUGAGUGUAUCUCACCUAAACAUAUUGAGAAUGAAAGAAUCAGUGUCACUGCGCAGUGCGGAGCACCCUUUGACCACAUAGACCGCCCUGUGACCUGUAAAAGAUGUCGCUGUACCUACAGAACGCAGGAUAGUUAUAACAGACACCUCGCGAACUGUGACAUUAUGGUAACAAGUGACAGCGACUCAGAGACUAUGGAUAACAAAUUGGCAUCACCUGAUUCUAGAUUCUCUCCAAGCAUCGGCUCAGUCUCUCCACAGUUUAUAACUCUGUCUCCAUCCGAGGGACAUACUCUGUCUUCUGAUUACCCAGAUAUGCAGGCAACAUCUCCUUUGGAAGCUUCUGUACCUUCACCCCAUCCAGCAAUUCAAAUCGAACCUAUAGCACAGGCAAUUAUAACACCUCAGAUUCACACCCACGCCACAGUGGAGACCGUCCAUCAAACAGUAUUAACAUCCAACGACAUGAUUGUGCAAACGCAGUAUACCAGAACAACCACCACACUACCAAAUGCUACAGUAUUACCCCAGGAAAGUACUGUUCAGAUAACAGAGAUAACAGAUCCUCCAUCUGUCGCAAGUGAUUCCAGUUCAUCGCAGAAUUCUCCAGAUGUUUCACAGACAAUCCCAAGCCCUCAAGUAUCUCCAACAUUCUCAUCGACUGGUGUGCAAACAGCAAGCAAUGAGCAGACGAACUGCCAAAUGACUAAAUUGAAAUCAAAGUCUCCAAGAGCCCCCAAGUCCAGGGCAAAGGGAAUCAAAGCACAGAUUGUAAAAAAUACUAUUCAGCCUCAUAACGGACACAAUAGAUUCCAACCAGUGCAGAAUAAUACUCCAGUUAUCCAGUUGCAGCAAACUCAGAGACCCAGCGGGCCAACCGUGAUACUCCAACAGGUUGCGUCCCCAGGAAUUAUGUCUGCGUACGUUGAAACAUUGCAACAGCAAUCAGGACAGAAUCUCCAGUAUGUAACGACAAUUGGAGGUCAGCACGAGACUGCGUUUAAACCUCAGUUCAUAACAACCAAUCACCUAGUUCCUGGCGCUUACAUACAGGCAUCUGAUAAUUUAUUGGCAUUGCAAAAUGGAGGUAUAUCGAUAUUGCCUGGUGUGCAGAUUGCUCAGACGCAGCCCACAGUCCUCGGAACAAUUAUCCAACAACAGCCCAAUGCGAUUCAGUGUGGGGUUAUUUCAUCAGAACAAUUAUUACUAAGUUCAACGCCUACGUUGGAAAUGUUCACAGAUUCAACUGGCAGCAUGUUUCUUUCUAAUCAACCAAUGUAUUACGGUCUGGAGACCAUCGUAAGCAACACAGUGAUGUCUUCCAGCCAGUUCAUGGCUGGCACAGUUCCACAGGUGCUGGCAAGCAGCUACCAAACCACAACGCAGGUGUUCCAAGCAUCAAAGCUUAUGGAGCCUAUUGUCGAUGUUCAGGCUGUGCCCACUGUAACUGCUGUACCCAGCGUGUCCAAUAUAGCUAGCAUACCCAUUCCAACUGUACCUAAUGUACCUAACGUAACAAAUAUACCCAGCGUGCCCGGUGCAUCCAGCAUACCAAACGUACUUGGUGCUCCAAAUAUACCUAAUGUAUCCAAUAUACCCGCUGCGCCUAGUGCUCCUAACAUACCCAAUGUACCCAGUGUAUCCAGCGUUGGAAACAUCCCUGCAGUGCCCAGCUACGUUGUAGUGAAUCAGACACCACCCAUAGCAGAGCCCAUAGUAACUCCACAGAUAAAUAUGCCAGUGACUGAGAGUUUCAAUCCUAUAUUGCCUGUAUCUUGUCAAGAUAUGUGUCCAUCAGAGCCCCAGGUAACCAGAGUAACAUCGUCGCCAAAAUUACUUCAGAAUUCAAUACCAAGAGUGGCUGUGCGUCCCAGUCCAGUUACGCAAAUGAAUAACGGACCGUGGAAGAUCACGGAGCCUCUGUUUGGUUCAGAGCAGAUGAACAACAACGUGAGACCUUAUUUCGAUUCAAAACAUGUAUCAGAAAAUACUAGUAUGAUAAAAUCCAGCAUAUCGUCUAAGAUACCCCCGCUACCUAAUCAUUGCAUCACGCAGAGGGACAUAAUUGUAAAUAAAUUGAGCCAUGAUGUAAAUAAUGUGCAUAAUUAUAGUAGUACUAGUUCGAACAAUGUUAAUGUAAGUACGAGUAGUAAUACAGUAAUCAGCAGCUCGUGUAUGCAGAGUAAGACAAGUAGUGUACCAACGAGCAGACCCAUGAACAGAGUAUUGCCAAUGCAAGCGGUAACCCCUAAGCAAGAUACCACGAAGACAGAGAUGAUUAUAGAGGAACCAACGAAGCCUGAGAUAAAGCCUGCGGAACCCGAGUCGAAGAAGAUGGAGGCUGUGGCGCCAGUGAAAAAACCUGAGACAACGAUAAGCGACAUAAAUGAUAUGAAAUUAAAUACAGAGACCAUAGAGAAGGUGAAAGAGAAUCUGAAGUUGGAACUAGACAAGGAAAAACUGCAAAAUGCAUCACUCAAGAUAGUAUUACAGAAACAACUUCAAGAUGGUUCUUACAAAAUCACUCAUAACAUGAAAGCGGUAACUCAGAAUAAGAAAUCUCCGCAGGUAACUUCUGUGGAAAUUUUACCAACAAAGCAGGUACCUCAGAUAGCUUCUCUACAAUUAUUACCAAUUAAAACAUUCACCUUGAAGGCGAACAAAAUUGAUGAGAAGAAACCUAUCAAUAUAUUAAAAACAAAGGCUCCUCCCGUUGCUGUGAAAAAGCCAAGAGUAAUUAAAUCAAACACACAUACACAGAAAGCCUCUUCGAAAGGACCAAUGCUGAUGUACGAGAUCAAAUCACAGGAUGGAUUCAUUCAUACAGCUUCAUCGAUGGCUGAAGUAUGGGAGACAGUGUUUCAGGCCGUGCAGAGUGCUCGAAAAGCUCACAAUUUGCCCCCGUUACCUCAUAAUCCUCUAACCGAGAAUCUGGGCUUGGAGAAUAAUGCUACAGUAUAUUUGGUGGAGCAGCUGCCUGAUGUAAAUAAAUGUACCAAGUAUAAACCUAGGUUUCAUAGUCUAACACCUCCUAAAGCUGGAGAGGGAGAAAAUGAUCUGCCAACGGCUUGUGAUAACGGUGCUGCUCGUGCAGAGCCUUUUAAAGGGAGGAAGGUUCAUGAUAUGUUCAGUUGGUUAGCGUCCAGGCACAGGCAGCAGCCUAAAUUAAUUGCUAUAUCAGAAGCUGAAUCUAGACGAGUGGCAAGCACAAACUUGCCAAUGGCUAUGCGUUUCAGAAUCCUUAAAGAAACAUCAAAAGAAUCAGUUGGAGUCUAUCAUUCUCAUAUUCAUGGCAGAGGUUUGUUUUGUCUGAGAGACAUAGAAGCUGGAGAAAUGGUUAUUGAAUACGCUGGUGAGGUGAUUCGAGCUUCUCUAACUGACAAAAGGGAGAAAUAUUAUGACAGUAAAAAUAUAGGAUGUUAUAUGUUCAAAAUCGACGAUCAUUUCGUUGUUGAUGCCACGAUGAAAGGGAAUGCGGCUAGAUUCAUUAACCACUCCUGCGAGCCAAACUGUUAUUCGCGAGUGGUAGACAUCCUAGGUAAGAAGCACAUACUAAUCUUCGCUCUUCGUCGAAUAAAUCAAGGCGAAGAAUUAACGUACGACUACAAGUUUCCCUUCGAAGAUAUCAAGAUUCCAUGUACCUGCGGUUCGCGCAGAUGUCGUAAAUACCUCAACUGAGACUGCUAACGACGAGCGCUUUUGGGGAUAGGAUUCAUUUUAUCGAACGUUAUUCAUUUUAAUCGUCAAACUAUUUUCAGAGAUCGCAGCUUUUUAUUACUAUAAUGGAAAAUAGAUAUAUUAGAAGGCCAGAAUUCGCGUUAUGACAAUGUUACUUCAAACGGCUACGAUCGGUAGUUGAUUUUAAGGAGUCUACUUAUAGCAAUAAACGCGUCCUGCUUUCUCUAUUCUGAAAUGAAUCCUCCAUUGGAGGUUCAUGAAAGUUAUCCACAUAUACAUACACGUACACACACAAUACACAUGCACUUUUAGACUCUACUUUAAGUGUACAAGUUAUCGUCACUUUACACUAAAUCCAAAACGCUCUUAAGUUAGAAUUCGAAUUGGACCAAAAUUCUGUACUUAGAAGGGAAAACAAAAAAAAAUGUUCUCCCAGGUCACUUACUUUCUUGACCCUUUCUAGGUCACUGACCAUACUUCGCUGAAUUACUAUUUUAAAUUUUCCCGCGCUUCGGUGAAUUCGAAAAUUGGCGCGAGAAUUUGAAAAACGAGCAUGGUCAUUUGAAAGGGUUAACAUGAAAAUAAUAUAUAUUAUAUAUAUAUAUAUACAUUAUUUAGUGUACAGUGUACGAUGAACUUUGUAGGGCCAGAAUUUCAAACGUUCUUUGUAAAUUAUGUAAUUGUUAGAUUAGAUACAUUGUCCUUGAUGUAAGUACCAGUAAGAAAGAAAAGAAAGGAACAGAUUAUAACCGUUUCGAAGGCAUACCUACUUUGGCAGACAUUGAUGAUAAUUUAAGUCUUAUCGUAGUGAAGAAAACUAAAAAACCCAAAAAAAAGAAAAAAGGAAAUGGGGGAGAGUUCCCGAUAAAAAAUGAAUUAUAUUCAUUUGAAGAAUGCGCAAUAUAUUAUUUUGAUAUGUGUUUUUUUUUAUAGAUCUUUUUCAAGAAUGCACCCAUGCGUUUGUGCUUCCGCCUUGCCAAUAUAUUAUUAUUUUUAUUCGACAAGAACCACAUUAAGCUUACGUUUGGGACAAGAUGUGUAUAAAAGGAGAUACUAAUAAUAAUUAAUGAUAAGAUAUGAUUGGAAGUGAAACUUUUCUAGGAUAUUUCUAGAAAACGUUUGUGAUAUAUUCCCACGCUGGGGACUACGGAUCGAUAUGGUGUAUCCGUAGAGAGAUGAAAGCACCUUUCUGUGAAAUGCAGUUUUGCCUUACCUUUAAUGUACCUACGCUUGAAAACCCGGUGAUAGAUUUUUAGAUGUACCCAUUCAAAAAACAAGCUAAUUGUGUCUAUCGCAUCCAUAUUAAGCUAUAUGAUAUAAAAAGAAGUAUUUUUAGUGCGGUCAAUCAAUUUCUGCCGAGGUGGUUGGUCCCUUGAAAUUAUUUGGUGCUCCAUGGACACCGUUAAGUGCACUUUAAGAGGAUGAAAAAUGAAGAAAAUAGAAAAAAAGAAAUGGCCUAGGGUAGGGGUGGAUUUUAAUAAAUUAAGAAAAGCGAAUUUUAUUUAAUAAAAUAAUUGUAUAUGAGAGAGAGUGAAAUGAUGGCAGGAACAUUAUUCGAAGCGCGCGCGCUUUUGUCGGUCGUGCAACAAUCUUUUUUUAAUCGGCCUGGUUUGGUACAAAAUGCGUAUGAUAAUUUGUAAAAAGAAAAAAGAAAAAAAAAGAAACUAGUUCUGGUCACAAGAAAUUGCCAUUUUUCUUUUCUUUUUUUUUUUUAAACAUGGAAAAAUGAAUAUUGUUAAUAUAAUUAUUUGUAAAGAUGAAGGAAAUGGAAAAAUCAUGCGGACGUAUAAAACAGUAAUUUUUACUUGGAGAAUAUAAUAGCAAUGUUAGAUAUUUUAUUGAUAUUUAUUAUUACGGAUGACGGUUCUAGGGUUAAAACAAAACUAAUGAUUUUUAGAGAGCAUGGUGCCGCACGAUGGUCUAAAUAUUGUUGAGAUAAUAUAAACACGCCAGCUUCUUUUUUAAUUGUUAUAACACAUCACCGUAAAUCAUUUUUUAUGGGGAUAUUCCCAUAGCAAGAAUUAUAAAGGUGUACAAAUUAUUUCGGUGCCUUUCACCAUUUCAAAUUCAAAUUUUCCGCGCGCUUUUGUAGGCGCGGAAAUUUUCAGAUUCUUCAACCAAAUUAAUUUGUACACCUAAUAGAGAUAGACGAAUUAAGAGCAUUGUUUUCUAUUUUAUUUAUAAAUCCAUCGAAAUACUUUAUGCUCCAUAAUGAAUCAUUUAAAAAAAGAAAAUGAAUUUUUUUUUAAAUGAUUCGUGGAACGUGUACAAGGCUUGUUUAGUAUUACGCAUCAUUAUUAUUAUUACGAUUAAUUAUAACUUACACAGAGAUAGAAAAGCAUAAUACAUCACCACUCAUCAUAUUGUGCACCAACAGUUUGUUUACACCAGUCAGCACCUUUAAAAAAAAAAAAAAUUAAAUUCGACAUAUAUGUGUAAUCUUGAGAAGUGUUGAGUGGUUAAGUUUAUUUUUGUUACGACAAUUUCCAAAAUAAUCGCAGCGUUGCGUAUAGGGUUCUCCAAGGGCGUGUUUUGAGGUGUUCCCUUGACGCCCCAUGGAUCCGCCCCUGAUCUCUUCGGAAGAAGUAAAAAAGAGAUAAGUAAUACUAUUAAAAA